AUGGCUCACUUCGGCGAAUCAACCGCGCCAUCAAACGGCACACAACCAGCCAAAUUGUCCCAGACCACAUUGAAGAACAGCUCCCUCAACUUCCUAUCCUCCACCUCCAAACCCCCCGGUUCGCAAUUGCCGCAACCGAGCAGGCGCGUCAAGACCCUCGCCGCCAUUGGCGCCGCUCGACCCGAUGCGUCGCGGUCCCAUUCGCCGCCCUCCCAGCUGCUGUCCCCGCAUAACCCUGAAAGCCCUUCGCGGAGCAAGGCCUUGAGCGACACGGCCGGCGAAGACUUGAACGUCGUUGAUCGCAGCACUCCCGCCGAUACCAUUUCUGCCGCCCCCACCGCUGUCAUGGAGGUGCCUGUAGAAAUCGCCGAGCCCUCGGCGUCGACGGCGCCUGCAAGAGCCACUCCUGAGGUAGAAGCACCCUCGUCUACCCGGGAACCCAGCGUACCGCGUUCUGGGUCUGGCGUCCUCUCGUCUGUCCGGAACACCUUCAACUCUGCUGUUCACAACUUCACGGCACAGCGCACUGGUACCACUACCGUUACCACCUCGAUCGAGAAGACGAUUAUCAGCCGGAAGCUCAGCAAAGAGCCCGAAUCUGACAACACACCUCUUCCUGACGACAAGGAAGUCGAAAACAACAUCGAUGCUGCCAACGGCACCGAACCCAAUGAUACCUUGGUCCAAGUUGGCAACCAGCUCGAGACGGAGGUGGCGGAAGAGGAGAUCCGCGCUACAAGCCCCGUGAAAAAGGCCGCCCAAGUGGCCUCUCCGGCUGCGGACGAUAACGAAAUCAAUGUUGCUACUGCCAAUGCAGCUGACGACGCAGAUGAUGCCAAUGCAGCUGACGACGCAGAUGAUGCCAAUGCAGCUGACAACGCAGAUACUGUCAAAGCUGCCGACAACGCAAAUACUGUCAAAGCUGCUGCGCCUACCCAAGAUGCUACCCCCGACACCGCUGCCGAUGAAGACGAGGACGAGGAAGUGGAUGACCCCAAGCAGGGAAUUUUCGUGCUUGACAAGAUUAUUGGACAUCGCCGCGACCCCAAGGACAAGACCCUUUUCCAGAUGCAAGUCAGAUGGAAGAACGACGAACCGACUUGGGAGCCGGAGCAGAACAUCCAAGAGGACGCCGAGGAGGCCCUUUUCGAAUACUGGGAUAGCGUCGAGGGCGGCCGGUUAGGCGCCAUGGCCGACAAGAACCUCUGGCAUGUGCUGAGGGUCGAGAAGCACAAGAAGAAACCCUCGGGUGCCAUCCACCUCCUCAUCUGCUGGGUCGGAACGCCCGAUCGGUCGUGGGAGCCUGAGAGCCAAGUGAAGGUGUACGCCCACCAACACCUCGAGGACUACUGGAAGGCACAGGGCGGACGCGAAAAGCACAUCAAGGCAUCCGUCGUGCCCGCCAAGAGGGGCCGCGGUCGCCCCCGUAAGAACCCCCUUCCUACCGCCGAGGACAAGCCCGUGGGCAGGCCGGGUCGGAAGCCAAAGCGUGACGCGACGGAGGCCGGACUAGUGGAAGAAGCCGGGGUCGUCGAAGAGGCGGUCGCUUCCGAGAACAAGGCCGAAAAGGCCCAGAACAUUGACGAGGAGCCCCCCAAGAAGCGCGGCCGCGGUCGUCCCCGCAAGAACCCCGUGUCGUGA